AUGGACGAAGGCUGUUUCAUUUUCGACUGUAACAUCAGUAGGGGAAACAAAUACGGCAUUCAGUUGGGUUGGGUAUGUGGUGACCCUGUUCGACAACCUGUGUGCCAGUAUUCUUCACGAUUGGUUUUCACUGGAUGUGUAGUGCAAAUCACGUAUCUACAACAAAUGCGAGCAUUACAAACAGCUACACUCGCUGCGGUCGCAGCUAGUGCAACACCGGCACCUUCUUCUGUCUGUGCUGAUCGACAAGCCGUUGCUCACUUGAUCCGGAAUAAUCAAGUACACCUUGCAUUUGAGACGGCAUUGAAUCAGGGCGAUCAAGCAGCUUUGGAAUUUGUUUGCAAUAAUGUUGAUCCUGAUGAGUUGUUUCGACAUCCGGGUGCGCUAUCACAGCCAGUGUUGAUAUCUCUUUUGCAACAACUUUCGUUACGUCUUGAUUCGGACACUGAUUUGAAGUUUCGGUAUAUGGAACACAUUGUUGAUGUUCUCCAACCACAUGACGAUGAUAUUGGAAUGAUGGUGCCAAAAGUUGUGGAAGGUUUGAUGCAGAGUUUAACUGAGUUCUACAAUACUACGGCCAAUCCUUCAUUGAAACGACAAGCUCGGGUUCUCAAUCAGUUGGUAAGGAACCUGCGCAAAAUUUGA